GGCCGGCUCCCAGCCCCUGCCAUGCACAGCCAGGACCUCGCACCCCACCAGGAGAACGAGGAUGAGUGUGCAGCAUGCGGUGACGGUGGUGAGCUCAUCUGCUGCGAUGGCUGCCCCAGGGCCUUCCACCUCGCAUGCCUGGUGCCCCCGCUGCCCCGUGUCCCCAGGGGGCUGCUGCUCUGCACAUCCUGUGCAGGCACCUUGGACACAGGCAGCCUGGAGAGCACCGCAGCAGCUGGCAACCACCCGCUACAGGCAGCAAAGGCAGAGGAUGUCUCCCCUGGUGGCGACGCUAUGCUGAGCAGGGAUGAGCUCGAGGCGCUCCUGGGCGAG